GCAAACCACACAAACAAAAAGCUUGAUUUCAAAUCACUACUCCCUACCUAGUAGUGCAGAAUCACAACUCAACCCCACAUCGGCGACUUCGCCGCCACCACCUCUUUUUCCGAUUCCAGCAUAUCACAUAUUCCUCUGUCUCUCUCUCUCUCUCUCUCUCACACACACACACACAUACAUAAGGGGACGGAGAUUACAAAACUUACAACAAUAUCUUUCUUCUUGAUUCAUUGAUUAUUCAGAAUGGACGUGAAACCUCAAGUUAACGGCGACAUGAGUCAUCGGCCGGCCACAAUCGCCGGUCCCACCAAUCCAAUGGUAACGCCGUUACUAACAGAUCUGUAUCAGUUCACUAUGGCCUAUGCGUACUGGAAAGCUGGAAAACAUAACGAACGAGCUGUGUUUGAUUUGUAUUUUCGCAAGAAUCCGUUUGGUGGUGAGUACACUGUUUUUGCUGGACUUGAAGAGUGCAUAAGGUUCAUCGCAAAUUUUAAAUGCUCAAAGGAAGAAAUUACGUUUCUUCGAGAGACUUUAUCUCCUACAUGUGAGGAUGGCUUCUUUGAUUAUCUUCAAGGGAUUGAUUGUUCCGACGUUGAAGUAUACGCUAUUCCCGAAGGGUCGGUUGUUUUUCCCAAAGUACCCUUGAUGAGGGUUGAGGGCCCUGUGGCUGUGGUUCAGUUACUGGAAACGCCUUUUGUAAAUCUUAUUAACUAUGCAUCACUAGUCACUACAAAUGCAGCAAGGCAUCGUUUUGUUGCUGGAAAAUCCAAACUUCUUCUUGAAUUUGGGCUACGGCGGGCACAGGGCCCAGAUGGUGGCAUAAGCGCAUCACGGUAUUGCUACAUGGGAGGAUUUGAUGCAACAAGCAAUUGUGCAGCGGGAAAAAUGUUUGGAAUUCCGCUUCGUGGAACACAUUCUCAUGCUUUUGUUAGCUCAUUCAUGGGAACUGAUGAGAUUAUAGAAAAAUCUCUCAAAAGUCAGGAUGGCUCUCGAAUAUGCGAGGAUUUCAUUAGUGUUGUGCAGACAUGGUUAAGCAAACUAAAGAGACUAAGUAUAUUAAAGGGCGUUUUUGGUGAGACUAAUCAGAGUGAGCUGGCAGCUUUUGUUUCUUACGCACUAGCAUUUCCCGACAACUUUCUAGCUCUUGUAGACACAUAUGAUGUCAUGAAGAGCGGUGUUCCUAAUUUCUGUGCUGUUGCUUUAGCACUAAAUGAUCUUGGGUACAAAGCGAGGGGCAUUAGAUUAGACUCCGGUGAUCUUGCUUAUCUGUCAUGCGAAACAAGGAAGUUCUUUCAGACUGUCGAAAGUGAAUUUGGAGUUCCCGGUUUUGGAAAAACCGGUAUCACAGCUAGCAACGACCUCAACGAAGAAACCCUAGAUGCUUUAAACAAACAGGGUCAUGAGGUUGAUGCCUUUGGAAUCGGGACAUAUUUGGUGACGUGUUAUGCUCAAGCUGCUUUAGGUUGUGUUUUCAAGCUUGUUGAGAUUAAUAACCAGCCCCGGAUUAAGCUGUCGGAAGAUGUCUCUAAGGUUUCUAUUCCAUGUAAAAAACGAUCGUUUAGAUUAUACGGGAAGGAAGGUUACCCCCUUCUAGACAUAAUGUCGGGAGAAAACGAACCACCACCAAAGGUGGGUGAACGAAUAUUAUGUCGCCACCCGUUUAGCGAAUCCAAGAGAGCAUACGUGGUCCCACAGCGCGUUGAAGAGCUUAUGAAGUGUUAUUGGACUGGAAAUACAGACAAAAAAAGAGAAGAAUUGCCAACACUGGAGGCCAAUAGGGAACGAUGUGUCCAACAGCUAGACCAAAUGCGCCCUGAUCACAUGAGAAAACUCAAUCCGACCCCGUACAAGGUUAGUGUGACUGCAAAGCUGUAUGAUUUCAUUCAUUUCCUAUGGCUGAAUGAAGCACCUGUUGGGGAGUUGCAAUAAGGUCUUGCAAAAAGGCUGGCACUUGCAAGGCAUCUCAAUAAACCACAACAGCUUUUGUCUUGCUCAAUUAAUGUAUUGAUAUGUUUUUUUUUUUUUAUAUAUAAUUUUCAGUGUGCUUAUAUCAUAAUACCAUCAAUGAAGUAGAUAUAUUCAAUAAUAUCCAUCUUAAACUAUGUAAUUAUUCAAUUAUUAUUUAUUAUUUACUAGCUCAA